AUGCUCUGGCCCGCCGCGCUGGUAGCCGUCGCGCUGCUCUGGCUGUGCCGCGCCGCGUUGCUGUCCUGGCGGCUGUCGCAGCUGCUGUCGGCGUCGACGACGGUGCAGGCCGCCACCCUCGGCGUGCGCUGGGCCGAGGGCGCGCUCGAGGUCGGCGUCGCGGAGCUGCGGACGAAGCCGCCGGGCGCGCCCUUCGCGCCGGACGUCGGCGCCGUCGCCGAGGCCAAGACCGUCGUACACCUCGCGUCGAUCUUCAAGAAGGUCGUCGACGUCCGCGAGGUCUCGUGCCGGGGCGCGUCGCUGCGGCUCGACGUCGACGGCGCGACGGGCCUGCUGACGCUCGACGGCCUCGCGCGGCGCCGCGGCGCCAGAGGCGACGUCCCGCGGCCGCGGCUCGAGCGGCGGAGCUCGGCGACGGAGGGCCUGCUCGACGGUUUGGGCGAGCCCUUCGCCCGCGCGCUCCAGAACUACGAGCGCGAGGUCGAGGCCUGCGUCGGCCGCGUGGCCGCGCUCGAGCUCGUGCCCUUCUUCUGGAAGAGCGAGACGCGCUACCGCUACCGGCGCUUCGUCGCCGAGGACGUCGAGCUGAGGGUCGGCCGCGGCGUCUGGGCGAGGCUCGGCGACGCCGUCGAGGAGGGCACGGUCGCGCGCGCGGCCGCGCGGCCCGCCGAGGAGUCGGACCUGAUCCUGGCGGCGGCGGCGUCGGCGACGGCGGCGUUCCGGAAGCUCGGCGACCAAGAGGCGUCGCUGCGCGUGGCGAAGUUCGACGUCAACCUCGAGACGUCGACGUCGCUCGACGACGACGCGGGCAUCGAAGCGGUCAAGGACAAGAUUUUGGACGCUCUGGUGGACGUGCUGUACCGCGCCGUGGACGCGGGCGCCUGGGCGCGGCUCCAGGGGUCCGCCGGCGGCGCCGCGCUCGCGAGUUUGGCGACGCGCGCGCUCGACUCCGGCGGUUUGCUCGAGGUCGCCGCGCGGAAGGUCGUGCCCCUGCUCGAGGAGGCGCGGCGCGCCGUCGAGAGCGAGCUCACGUCCGUGGAGCGGUCGACGUCGCCGAAGUCGCGGCCGAUGGUCCAGCAGCUCCUCCGGGACCUCUCGGACGUCGUCGACGACCUCCUCGCCGUGCGCCACAAGACGUUCCGGGCCGGCCCGACGCUCAAGCUGCUCCAGCGGGCCGCGGACGUCGCGCGGCGCCUCGAGGGCGUGUUGAGCAAGGCCAACGCGGAGCACAUCGCGCUCGACGCGCGGCACCUCGACGACCAGCUCCUCGCGGCGCUGUCCGACUUCGCGCUCGACCUGGGCGCGUCGGCGCUCACGGCUUUGCCGCCGGGCCGCGUGGCCGGCGACGCGAACGGCGUCGAGUACGCCGUGGACCACGUCGACCUGUCGCGCGUGCGCGUGACGCACGAGAACCUGCGCGUGGCCUUCGACCGCGACCUCGGGUCCGAGAGCCUGCUCCACGUCGACGUCUAUGGCGUCGACUGCCCGCUGUCGGACCUGCGCUGGUCCGUCGGGAAGAAGGACUCGGCCGUCUUCCGCGACGAGGGCUACGCGCACGCUGCGGUGUCGAACAUCUGCCUGGGCCUCGACCUCGUCGCCGCGCGGCGGCCCGGCGACGGGCGGCCCGGCGGCGGCGCGCCGUUCCUGGCGCUCCGCGACGCGCGCGUGACGGUCGACGCGUGCGCGCUGAGCUUCGACGGCACGGCCUACGCGUGGCUCUACAACGCCGUCGCGGGCUCCGCGAGCGACCUGCUCUCGGACUACAUCGAGACGACGACGACGGACUACAUCCACGACGAGGCGGGGCCGCUCCUGCGGAACCUGAACGACUUCCUCGACGCGCAGGGGCUCUGGCCGUCGCUGCUCCGCGUCGCGCGCGUCGACGCGGAGCGCCUGCCCUUCUCGGACGGGUCGAGCCCCCCGCGGACGCCGCCGGACCGGAAGCGCGUCCGGCCCGAGGGCGCCUCGCCGCGCGCGUCGCCGGGCUUCCGCGAGGUCGAGGCGACGUGGAUUUAG